AUGUCGAAGGUGCGAAAGAAAUUCCGCUUCUGCGAGAAACCACCAAGAUGCCAGCUUCCGCUCCUGCGUGUUGGAAUGCGCUUAAGUGCACAAGUUACCGCUUUUGCGGCCUGCUCCAUCAGUCUCUGCCCAGCUUCCCUUCAGUCGCUUUUGCAAGGAACACCUCGCUUUUGCGAUCAAGCUUUCGCAGAAGCGAUUGCACCAGCAAGUGUCUCGGGUAUCUAUCCCCCAACCGGAGCUACUGUCGGCUCCUCGACUAAUGUUCUGACAGGUGUUCUAGUUGCCAGGGGCGGAUCUAUGUACACAGUUCGGGGUGGCGAUCCAGGAGAAAGAAUACCUAUUGCUGACUAUAACCCUAGAAUACGAGAUGAAGUAAGAAAAUAUUACAUUCAACAAGGUCCUUGUCAACCUUCCAAGCAUCAAUUUCCCAAAACUCAAAUGGGAGGAAGAAUGCGUCAAUUUGUUCCAAGUUGGUUCAAUGGUCAAUUUUCUAAAUGGUUGGAGUAUAGUGUGAAGAAAGAUGCGGCAUUUUACUUAUGUUGUUAUUUGUUCAAAAAUGAAUUUAUUCAUGGAAGUGUGGGUGAAUUUUAUACAAAAAAUGGUUUUAGGGCUUGGAAUAAGGGUCUUGAAAGAUUGCGUUUACAUGUUGGUGAUGUUAAUAGUGUCCAUGAUAAAUGUUUCAAGAAGAUGCUAGAUUUAUCAAAUCAUCAUCAAUCAAUUCAAGUUAUUUUUGAUAAGCACUCUGAGAAGUUGAAAAGUGAGUAUCGAAUGCGUUUAGAAGCAUCAAUUGAUGUGGCAAGACUUCUAUUGUUGUAUGGAUUGCCUUUUAGGGGCCAUGAUGAAAGUGAAUCUUCAACAAAUCAAGGCCUCUUUCUAGGAUUCUUACGAUUGUAUGGGGACAAGCAUACAGAUGUGGGAAAAGUAAUAUUAGAAAAUGCUCCACAAAAUGAUACUUUGACUUGCCCUAUGAUCCAAAAGGAUAUUAUCAAUGCUUGUGCAAAAGAAACAUUAAAGGCUAUAAUUGGAGACUUGAAUGGAGAUUAUUUUGGUAUAUUAGUUGAUGAGUCCAAAGAUAUCUCACACAAUGAACAAAUGGCUCUUGUUUUGCGUUAUGUUGAUAAAAAUGGUGAAGUGGUAGAGCGAUUUGUUGGUCUUGUCCAUGUUAGUGAUACAUCAGCAUGCUCAUUGAAGGAAGAAAUCUACUCUUUGCUUUCGGACCACUUACUAAGUCAGUCUCAAAUACGUGGACAAGGUUAUGAUGGAACUAGUAACAUGAGGGGAGAGAUAAGUGGUCUUAAGACUUUGAUUAUGAAAGACAGCUCAUCGGCAUAUUACAUUCAUUGCUUUGCUCAUCAAUUGCAACUAACACUUGUAGCUAUGUCUAAGAAGCAUUUGGAUGUCGAAGACUUCUUUUGUCAUGUUACUAAUGUGUUGAAUGUCAUUGGAGUAUCUUUUAAGCGCAGAGAUUUGCUUCGCCAUCUUCAAGCUAAAAAACUAGAGCAAUUACUUGAGUGCGGUGAAAUUCAUAUCGAGCGAGGACUAAAUAAAAAAUGCGGGCUUCAAAGACCAGGUGAUACUCAUUGGGGAUCACAUUUCAAAACAUUAGAUAACUUUAUUGUUAUUUUCUCAUCUAUUAUUCGUGUGCUUAAAGUGAUUGAACAUGAAGGUUCUACCUCAAAUGAGAGAAAUUAA